CAGGCGUUUUUGAAAAGUUAUUUUACAGUGAAUGAUUUUUUAAUGCAAAAGAGUCAAACCAAUCAAUAAGAAUGAAUCGGGCACCCGCUUUGCCUUGUUUGCCAGGUUUUAAUUUUGAUACAAAGAUUGGUCAGACGAAGUUUCAUAGGAGUCAUCUUUUUGAUAAAAUCCAUGACGGAGUUUAUUAUCUUGCAGAAAGGCCAAAUGUUGCAGAGCACAGUCGUUAUCCUUCGAUUUAUGCUCGUGGGGAAUCUCAAGUUCUUCCACCUUGGCUUGCAUUUGAUGGACAGAGAUUGAUGUUCAAAGGCUACUUUCAAGAAACGGUACACGAAAGGUGGAAGUCAUCUUUGCAAAUUCGAACCGUCAAUAUAAGUUUCUUUUUAGAAGACGGAACAAUGAAGAUUUCGGAACCUGUAACUGAUAAUAGUGGAAUAGAACAAGGCCUUAUUGUAAGACGACAACGAAUCUCAAUGCCAAAUCCAUUACAAUAUCGAAAUUAUGAUAUUAUCGAUCUCAACAUUGGUAAAGAAUUGGAGGUUUAUGGAAGGGUUUACAAAAUUGUUGAUUGUGAUAAAUUUACUAGAAAUUUUCUUAAUCGAAUGGGAAUUCCUGUGCCAGAUCGUAUAGAAUUACCCUCUGACCCAUGUAUGGAAAGGCGAAAAGAGAAAAUUUUAGCAAAGAAACCAAAUAGAACAAUUGAUACAAGAGGAAAAUUUUUACAACUAGAUAAACAAAUUUUGAGGUUUUAUGGAUAUUGGGACGACAGGGAAAGUCCUUAUGGGGAAGUUCACAAUUUAGAAAUUCAUUACUAUCUCGCAGAUGAUACUAUGGAAAUAAAGGAGAUCUUGCCUCCAAAUUCCGGUCGCGAUUCUGGACCACUUUUCCUCAAAAGAUCAAAAAUUCCAAAGUUUUUUGAAAGUGUGGAGCCGAUUGGAUUAAAUGAUCCAUUUACGGUUUUAAAUGUUCUGGGAGAAGAAACAGUCAAAAGUUAUUAUAUAGUCGAUUCUUUGAAUACUGGAAAUGUUUCUCCAAAUUAUUACAAGGAUCACGAGCUAACGAUUGGAGCUCAGAUUAACGUUUUUGGAAGGAAGGUUGUAAUUACUGAUCUUGAUUAUUUUACAAAAGAAUAUUACAGAAAGAAAUAUGGAAUAGAAGAAUUUACACCACUAGAAGGACCCUUAAAAAAAUCAGAUUACAAAUUUAAAGUGGAGAAAUACAUUCCACCUUACAACGGUUAUGGCUCUUAUGAAGACUCUCUUGGCAAUUGCUUUACAGUAACACCUAAGGCGUCAAACGUAGAUUUCAUCAAGUUUUAUUAUUACGAUAAACAAGGUUGCGAUAGCCACGUUCUGCGAUUCAGAGCAAAAAUGAUAUCAAAAAUUCCAGAGAAUGCAGAAAGACACUUUCUAAUUAGAAUCUAUCUUAUGGACGAGACCGUAGCUAUAUUCGAACUUUCUCGCAAAAAUUCUGGAUUUCAAAGAUGCCUUUUUCAAAAAAGGAUGCGUGUAAUGUUACCGGGGCAAGAUAUUUAUACGAACAAGCCACCAAAGUUUUACAAGCCGAGUGAUUUCUUUGUCGGGGCUCGUGUGAAUCUUUGCGGAUUUCAUUUUCAACUCAAUUCUGCUGAUUUAUAUGCUCUUCGAUAUAUGGAACUAAAACCUGAAGAGUUUCCAAAAGCAAAUAUUAAACUGAUCAUGGAAAAAGUUCGUGAUUUUAUAAAACCAGUCUAUAAGGAAUUUGUACAAGAGUUAACUUCAGUUGGAACUGAAAAUGGAGUUUUUGUUGUGGAGUAUAAAGACUUACGAGAAAUUGUCUGCAAGUAUCUCGUUGACAGUAUCACAGAACAUGAAAUCAUUACGAUUGCUCGACGAUAUUCGUAUAACGAAACGAAAGACUUUUAUUCAAAAGAAUAUAUUAGGGCUUUGGUCCAUACCGAAAUAAAUCGUUUUCUCUGGACGGAACUCAGUCGUCUUGAAGAAGAUAUUCUUCACAUUGACAGAGAAAGAACCGAUUAUUUACCAAGAAAUAAACUUUAUACAAUUUUGCGAGGCUGCAGGAUUCCUCUCGAUUUGGAGUUACUAAACGCGAUGCUUGAUCAUAUUUCCAAAGAUAAAGAAGAGAAAAUCAACUACCGAGACCUACUUCAGUUCCUCAAUGUGAAAAUAAAUCCUGUCACUCCUCUACCUCCUGUAAAUGUGAAGAGUGCACUCUGGUGGGCCUCAGAAAACGAAUCAACUUGUGGCGCUGUGGUAGAUUUGUCGGCAUUCCUAAAGGAUUUGAAUUUAAAUAAAAAAGAAAAUUCAGCCUAAUAAGUAAACAAAGUUUCAUUACCUUGAAUAUGAAGCAUAAAGAGAUUAAAAAUGACAAUGAUUCGUUGCUCGGUAUUAUUUAUUAUAUUUUCUAAUUCUAUUAAACAUACAUCGUGUACACCGAAAUUAACUAAAUACUAAUAUUUACAUCUUCUACUAUCUACUUACAAAUAAUUAAUUAAAUACGGUCUCUCAUGUGAAAAAUACACAGAGUUAUGCAAGAAUAAAUAUCUAAUUCAGUACUAUAGAUAUAAAUAAUACAAGUUGGUCGAUCACGUUCUGUA